CGCCAUAUUGGAUCACCGUAGCUAACAGUUUACAGCUAGCGGUUUGAAAAAGGACCACUUAUUGAUCCCCAGUUGCUUGGGCGUUUUAGCACUUUUGCUUCUCUCUCCAUUUUCUACAACCCCCUUUUUUCUGGAGGGCUAUCGAAAUCUAGGAACGCGUGUUUACUGAACGGGGAACACGUUGAUUUGCGAGAAAGGGGUGUUUAAAAAAAUAAGUUGAAUGGAUCCGAGGGUUGCUUGGAUUCAGCCGGAACAGAAAGGACCUGCGAACGCCUUAUGGAUGCAUGUCUGGGAAACGUCUCAGGUAGUCCGGGCUAACUCCGGUCAGCAUCACAACCACCACAAUAUUUGUGUCAAUUCUCCGGUGUUGGACGGUUUUAAAAAUGUUGCGGCCGCGGCAACAUCAAGCAAAGGCGUCUGCAGCAGCAACCCAGCCACCACCGUAAGCAGUCACCAGAGCAAUGCAAAUAACAGCACUAACGUUAACUCACGAAAUGGCACUGCAAUAGCUGGAUUUGCAACGUUACCGAACGGCAGCGCUCAAAACGGUAUGAUUGCUUCAUCGUUAAACGCCAAUGGAGUAAAGGUAGGUGUUGAGGAGGCCAAAACGUCUGUACAGACGGGCUCAGUUUCUUCGUCGUCCUCAGUGGAAUCUGGAGCGGACAGUCCAUCUUCCAAUUGCUCUAGUAUGGGAAGGACUACUAACUUUAGCAAUGUGAACGUUAGCGGCAGUGUUCUCACAGGGAAUAUGAACAGGAAUACUGGGGGUCCCAAUCUGUUUUUUAGUUUCAGUGAGAAUAUGUUUAACAAUGUCAACCACCAUCAUCACCACCACCACCACCACCAUCAACGCCAUUCGCAUCAGGAGCAACAGCAGUAUAAUAUUCAACAAAAUUGCAUCAAGCGCCACCCGUUUAACCCGUCUGCAAUCCAUAAUCACCACAAUCACCACCAUCCAGGCCGAAGGAAAAGUGACAACAAAGCGAGCACGUAUGGAAUAAACUACCAGCUGUCUAAUUUGAGUAAUGGCAAUUAUGUCAGUUCUGGGACGCCGUGGAAGACGAGAAGAUACAGCCUUGGGGUGGACGGGCUUCAUGAGGAGAUUGUGGAUUUCUACAACUUCAUGUCCCCUCGACCAGAAGAGGCGGCCAUGAGGAAGGAGGUGGUGGACCGGAUAGAAACGGUUAUCAAGGACCUUUGGCCCACCGCAGAUGUGCAAAUAUUUGGUAGCUUUAGCACUGGCCUCUAUCUCCCUACCAGUGACAUCGACUUGGUGGUCUUUGGCAAAUGGGAGAGGCCCCCGCUUCAACAGUUGGAGCAGGCACUCCGGAAACACAACGUGGCAGAACCGUACUCCAUCAAAGUACUAGACAAAGCUACGGUACCCAUCAUCAAACUGACUGACCAGGAGACGGAGGUGAAGGUCGACAUCAGCUUUAACGUGGAAACUGGUGUCAAAGCCGCACGCUUUAUCAAGGAUUAUGUGAAGAGGUACACCGUGCUGCCUUACUUGAUCUUCGUGCUGAAGCAAUUUCUCUUGCAAAGAGAUUUGAACGAGGUCUUCACUGGAGGCAUAAGCUCCUACAGCCUCAUCCUCAUGGUCAUCAGCUUCCUGCAGCUGCAUCCACGCAUCGACACCAGGAAUCCCAGCGUGAACUUCGGCAUGCUGCUGAUCGAGUUCUUUGAGCUGUACGGCCGGCACUUCAACUACAUGAAGACGGGCAUCCGGAUAAAGAACGGUGGCGCCUACAUGGCCAAAGAGGACAUCAUGAAGGCCAUGACCAACGGCUACCGGCCCUCCAUGCUCUGCAUCGAGGAUCCCCUGCUGCCAGGGAAUGAUGUUGGGAGAAGCUCGUAUGGGGCAAUGCAAGUGAAACAGGUGUUUGACUAUGCCUACAUCGUCCUGGGCCAUGCGGUAUCGCCACUGGCGCGUUCCUACCCGAACAAGGACAUUGACAGCACUUUGGGACGCAUCAUCAAGGUGACCCAGGAGGUCAUCGACUACCGGGAGUGGAUCUUCCAGAAGUGGGGCGGCCGUGCAGAACGGAACACAGGUGUGGUGCAUAAGGACCCGACUGAGAUGGUGGACUCCAGCCCUCUGCUGGGCGUGUCUGUGGAGGACCAGCAGCAGAGGGACUCUGUCUCGCCCCACAGCGCAGACUCCCCCAUGUCCCUGUCCAGCCCCCAGCAGCACUCAUCGGCCUCCUCCACCUCCUCACUGUCCGGUGGCAGCGACAUAGACUCGGACCCAACCCCCUGCGUGCCACCACCGUUGCCCCAGUACCCGCUGCCCCUGGCACUGGGUGCCCUUCCCCCUGCGCUCCAGAUUAGCACGGCCAAACCCAACCUCAGCACGGCACUGGGCAUGCCUCCCGUCUCCCAGGGCCGAGUGUCCAUGCAGGGUGGGCUCCCGCUCCACGCCUUGCCUGGCAGACAGGUGUGUAUGGCAGACGGACCCCCACCCCCAUACCUCCACAUGCCCCCCCCAGCCCCCCCCAGCCCACUGCCUAGUCCCCACCUCCACCAUAAGCAGAAUGGGCCUAAGUUCCCUAAGGGCUUCCACAACUCGGCCGUGGCCCACAGCCCUGUGCUGGCCAACCGCAAUGGGCACGUGCAGUACAACCGCAACACCUGGCGCCGCCGCAAGAGGGAGAGUCUGCCCGCCAGCGUCAGUAGAUAG